AUGAGUUCUCUAACCGGUCUACGAUUUCUUAGACCCUAUCUUUAUCAUGAUAUUCUUCCAGUAAAACCAGCUGCAUAUGCACGACUUUUUUCUACACAUUACUGUUUACUACGCGACAAGAAAUCGAAGGUACAUGAUUCUACAGGCCCUAAAGCCAAGCAGUUGAAGGAAGAAGGGGUUAAAGGUCAAGAUUCCUCCGGUGUUAGGAUAAAAAAACUUCAGGAUGUUGGCGCCUUACGUUACCCAAGAAUUGAAGAGGUUGAUAAAAAUGUUUCGGUGAAAAGUUGUCUUGUGUCUUGUGCGGCAUUGCCAUGUGGAGAUAUGAAUGUAGCAAAAACUCUUACGCUGCACGGUAGAGUUGAAAGUGUACGAAAGUCUGGCUCAAAGCUUGUCUUUGUGAAUAUGAUAGAAGAUGGUUAUUCAAUUCAAUUAGAAGCCGAAUCUGGGUUGAUUUCCAAAAUGCAAAACGUUAAUGUGCAAAUACCGAUCCCAUUCGAACGUUUAAGCAAAAUUAUUCAACGUGGAGAUAUCAUUUCUGUAACUGGUUACCCAAUUACUAAGGCCAAUGGUUCAGCUACUCUCAAGUUGAUCAAAUUACCACAGAUAUUGACUCCAGGUCUGACGCCGGUACCCCAAAAAUUGACGGAUCCAGCAACUCGUAUUCGAAAUCGACAUCUUGACAUUCUUGUCAAUCAAAAUGUCGCUGCUACUUUACGACUUCGUGCUAAAAUCACACAAAAUAUUCGUGACUUCCUGGUCAAAGAUAAUUUCCUUGAAUUUCAAACCCCAAUCCUCGCCGACAAGGCUUCGGGUGCCAUGGCCCAGCCAUUCAAAACAAACGCAACAGAGUUCCCUGAAAAAGAGUUAACUCUCAGAAUCGCUCCUGAAUUAUGGUUGAAACGAUUGGUCAUCGGUGGCCUUGAUCGGGUUUUCGAAAUUGGCCCUGCUUUCCGAAAUGAAGGCCUUGACGCUAUUCAUAAUCCAGAAUUUACAACUUGUGAAUUUUACAAAGCAUAUGCUGACCUCGAGGAUCUUAUUUCCAUGACCGAGAAGUUAAUCUCGGGUCUUGUACAUCUCGUCGAUGACUUACGUGAUGAUUCUCGACCUGUGAGAUAUAUGCCUUUUGAAGGACUUCCACGUUUCGACCCAGGUAUAUACAAAAAGCCUUUUAAAAGAAUCGAGUUCCUCCCUGCAAUCGAAGCCGCACUUGGGGAAAAGUUGUCUAAUCUCCAAAAGGAUAACGCUAGGGAAGAACUCCUCUCACUCUUCACCAAACAUAGCCUAGAAGUCCCCGAAACCCCUACACUUCCCCGUCUACUAGACAAACUCGCUUCUAUCUACAUCGAACCUCAAUGUCUCGCCCCAACAUUCAUCAUGCACCACCCCUCCUGCAUGGCGCCCCUCUCGAAAUCCUUCCUCGAUCCCCACACUCAGCAAAUCGUCUCGGCACGCGUGGAGUUAUUCAUUCAGCACCAAGAAAUAGCAAAUAUGUACGAAGAGGAAAACUCACCAUUUGAACAGCGAGCCAAGUUUGAAGAGCAGUUGAGGUUUAAGGAUGUGGAGAACCCGACGACAAUGGUUGAUGAGGGUUAUAUUCAGGCGUUGGAGGUAGGGUUGCCGCCGACUGGGGGGUGGGGGUGCGGGGUUGAUAGGUUGGUUAUGUGGUUGAGUGGUGCGAAGAGGAUUAGUGAUGUUUUGCCGUUCGGGAAUUUGAGGAACGUGGUUAAUUUGGGGGCGGUGGGUAGGAAGGGAGAGGGAGAAGGGGAGGGAGAGGGAAAGGAUGAGGGAAAGGAUGAGAAUUAG